AUGCUUUCUUUAGGAUUGAACAAGCCUUUGAUGUGGGCCAAGCCCCUCAAGAUGAUGACCCGCCGCAUGGUCUCGACUGCCAAGACCACCGUGAGCGAGCAAGAGAGUAUCCUGGUCGCUCAGCGCAAAAACAGACCUGUUUCGCCUCACUUGACGAUCUAUCAGCCACAAUUGACCUGGUACUUGUCGUCGCUCCACCGUAUCAGCGGUGUGGUUCUCGGGCUUGGAUUCUUCACCGCCACGAUCGCAUUCGGUGUCUCUACCGUAUUCGGGCUCGGACUGACCACUAACAACUUGGCCAAAUGGUAUCACGAGAAAGUGCCCACCUGGAUGGACUGGACUGCCAAAGCCAGUGGUGCCUACUUGUUAACUUUCCAUUUUGGAAAUGGUAUUAGACACUUGAUCUGGGACACCGGCAGGGCUCUAUCUCUCAAGGGUGUAUACACCACGGGAUACGCCGUUUUGGCCGUAAUGGUCAUCGCUGGUACCUCAAUUCUCACCUGGUGA